AUGCCCCUGCGUGUAACAAGGUUUGCAGUCAGGACCAGCAUCCUCAACAUGUCUCUGCUCAGCCUGGGAACUGAGAAGGAGCCUUGUCUGAAGCUGCAGGGCAGGGUGGAGCAGGGCAAUUCCUGGAGAUUCAAGGUGGCCUGGAGCAAGGACCUUACUCUUGCUAGGUCAGAUUUGCAAAUAUGCAUCCCCAAAGGACUCACCUGCUGCUCCCGCAAGAUGGAGGAGAGAUACCAAGGCUUGGCUCGUUCCAACAUGGAGCAGAUUCUCCAGUCGGCCAGCAUGGACCUGAAAUUCCUCAUUAUGCAGAAUGCGGCCGUUUUCCAAGAAGCCUUUGAAAUGGUCGUGCGCCACGCGAGGAACUACACCAACUCUAUGUUCAGGAGCUACUAUCGCCAUGUGGCUGCCAGGACUUUUAAACUGGUGGGGGAACUCUUCACCGACAUCUCCCUGUAUGUCUUGGGCUCGGAUAUCAGCGUCAAUGACAUGGUCAACGAGCUCUUUGACAGCUUGUUCCCCUUGAUCUACCCCCAUGUGAUUCAUCCAGGAGCCCCCGACCCUCCUGUGGAGACCCUGGAGUGUCUGCGGCUAGCCCGGCGAGACUUGAAGGCGUUUGGGCCCUUCCCCAAAAUCAUGAUGACCCAGGUGUCCAAGUCCCUGCAGGUCACCCGGGUCUUCCUCCAGGCACUCAACCUUGGCAUUGAAGUGGUCAACACCACCGAUCACUUGAGGUUCAGCAAGGAGUGUGGACGGGCGCUCCUGAAGAUGUGGUACUGUCCCCAGUGCCAGGAUCUGCUCCUGGCCAAGCCGUGUAUGGGAUUCUGUGGCGGGGUGUUGCAAGGAUGCUUGGCCAGUGUGGUGGAAAUCGACAGUUACUGGCGGGAAUAUCUACGCUCUCUGGAAGGGAUGGUGAAGGGCAUGAAGGGCACCUAUGACAUAGAACACGUGCUACUCAACCUCUUCUCUUUGGUUCAGGACGCCGUCAUUUACAUGCAGAGGAAUGCUGGGAAAUUGGUCACAACCAUCAGCAAGCUGUGUGGCCCUUCCCAGCAGAGGCAGCACCGAUCGGCGUGGAAUCCCGAAGACCAUGUUGCUGGCCAGAGGAUGAUGGGUGCCCCUCUGGUGGAACCCCAAGAAACCUUAUCCACUCGAAAGAGGGAACUUGUCACCAAGCUGCGGGCUCACAGUGGCUUCUACAGCAGCUUGCCAGAAUAUAUUUGCAGCCACAGUUCCACGGUGCACAACAACACAUUUUGCUGGAACGGACAUGAAGUGGUGGAAAGGUACAGCCACCCACCCACCAGGAACGGAGGCCGAUCUCAGUUGGGGCAGCAUGAGGCCAAGGCCAAGGGUCCCGAGCCGGUCAUUAGCCAGAUCAUUGACAAGCUGAAGCACAUAAACCAGCUGCUGAAGGGCAUGGCUGCCUCCCGCCGGAGAAAUCUGGACCCUCCUGAAGAUGAGGAGGGGGCCGAGAGCGGGGAUUGCGAUGACGAGGAUGCCUGCAACGAGGCUGCGGUUUCUGGGGACGGCGAGUUAAAAGUGAAGAAUCAACUAAGGUUUCUGGCAGAGCUUGCAUACGACCUGGACGGAGAAAUUUGCAUUGCGAAAAUGCCCUACGAAUCUUUCUUGCCUUUCAGAGGCACUUGA